AUGUACAUCGACAACAGGACCAAAGUCAUUUUUUUGACUACCCUGGCCAUCAUGGCAAUGGUGGGCCAGUUGGCAACCGCCGAAGAAGCCAACGUUAAAGAGGCAGAGAAUGUGUUCAGUGGCUGUUGCUCUGGAACGGGCAGCGCCUGUAGUUCAUCAGUCUAUUACAACGACUACUAUGGCUACUACAGCUGCUACUACUUCCAGUCGUCCUUUUACGACUAUGACUAUCGCCUGGUCCAAGUGUGCCAGUCCUGCCAGUACACCAGCAACUAUGGUAGCACUACUACCUACAGCGAUUCCUCCUCCAACUAUGGCACCACGAGCAACAGUGGCCAGUACUCCAGCUCCUACUACGGCACCACCUCCAACUCUGGCAACUAUGGUACUUCAUACUAUGGCACCACCACCUACUCGUCCACCAACUAUGGAACAACUGGAGACGACUACAGCUACGACAAUGACAAUGACAAUGACAAUGACAAUGACAACGAUAACCACCACCAUGAUGUGCUGGUCCGCGAUAUUGUACCACCAAUCGUUGUUGGUGUCGUCCUCUUGAUGGUCGUUGUCGUGAUCAUCAGAAGAAGACAACAGAGAAAGUGCAAGUACGAGUUGGUCAGCGAGCUCGAGGAAUCUGACACCGCCAAGCCAGUCGCUGCCGCCCCAGUGAUGGCGCCAUGGUCGCCAGUUGUUGCCCAGCAGGGUGCACCCAACAUGAUCCCCCUCGGCUAUGAGUACAUCACUCCACAAGGAACUCAACAGCCACAGAUCAUUUACUAUGUCCAGGCACCUUACGGAUAUCCCCAACAACAGUUUGUUCCAUUCAAUCAACAGAUGCAACAGAUGCAGCAACCAGCGUACCUGCCACCACAAUUCCCACAGAUGAUGCAGCAACCAAUGUACAUGCCACCACAGUACCCAGUUGCCGUCGCCCAGCAGCAGUCAGCCCAGCAGACC